AUGGCCAAAGGUCGGGUAUUAGUGAUUGCUGGCUCUGACAGCUCUGGAGGAGCGGGUCUUGAGGCUGAUCAAAAGGUGAUCGCAGCACAUGGCUGCUAUGCCAUGACAGCGACGACCGCAUUGACUGUUCAAAAUACUCUUGGAGUGACCGACAUUCAUUAUGUGCCGCCAGCAUUUGUUGGCAAGCUGAUCGAUAUCUCCGUCAGUGAUAUUGGGGUGGAUGUUGUUAAGAUCGGCAUGCUAGCCUCUGCAGAGACAAUCAAGGUCGUUGCAAAUGCUCUCCGGCAACACAAUGUACCCGCCAUAGUUGUUGAUCCAGUAAUGAUAUCAACCAGUGGAUCCCACCUGCUACCAGGAGAUGCGGUUCGUGAACUGCGUAUGGAGAUCCUCCCACAAGCAACCAUACUCACGCCCAAUCUUCCCGAGGCAAUGGAUCUUCUCUCACAGUCCGGCAAACCUGCCCAAGAUCCUAAAAGCGUCGACGAGCUAGUAGAAAUUGCGAAAUCUGUGCAAUCUCUCGGCCCGCGGUAUGUCUUGGUCAAAGGGGGCCAUUUGCCAUUCAAGAAAGACGGCAAUGUAGCAGAGACGGACGAGGAACGAGCUGUCACUAUUGACAUAUUGUAUGGAGAUGGCUAUGUAACCAGGAUAGAAAAUGUAUAUCAAGAUACCAAGAAUACCCAUGGCACAGGGUGUUCGUUAGCAUGUGAGCAAGAAACUCUUAACACAGCUUCCUCUCUGACAUUGACAGCUGCAAUUGCGUCGAACCUUGCAAGGGGCAUGCAAAUGGUACAGGCGGUGACCUCCGCCUGUAGAUACGUUCAGGCAGGCAUUAAGACUGCCAGUGACCUCGGCCAUGGAAACGGCCCGAUCAAUCACUUCCAUUCAACCUAUACUUUGCCUUUCGCACCAGGACACUUUGUCGAAUACCUGUUGAACAGACCAGACGUUGACGUGGCGUGGCGUGGCCAUACUGAGCACGAUUUUGUAGCUGGACUUGCUGAUGGCACUCUGCCAGUCGAGGCGUUCAAAUACUAUUUAGUCCAAGACUACUUGUACUUGACUCAAUUCGCGAGGGCGAAUGGCUUGGCCGGAUACAAAGCCAAAAAGAUAGAAGAUAUGGCGGGAGCGGCAAAAGUCGUGGCGCAUAUACAUCACGAGAUGUCACUGCAUGUCGAGUAUUGCAGAGAUUUUGGUAUAACGAAGGAAGAAAUGGAGACAACGGAGGAGAGCGAGGCAUGCACGGCGUACACGAGAUAUGUGCUUGAUAUCGGGCAAUCUGAGGAUUGGCUUGCCCUCCAGAUUGCUAUGGCGCCCUGCCUAAUCGGGUACGGCCAGAUUGCUGCACGAUUAUAUGCCGAUCCAAAGACGAAAAGAGAAGGGAAUCUGUAUUGGAAAUGGAUCCAGAACUAUGUUGCAGAAGACUACACCGAGGCGGUACGACAAGGAUCUGCACUCCUUGAGAAACACGCAGUUUUGCAGUCACCAAGCCGUAUCGAGGAGCUGGUAAAGAUUUUCAUUCAUGCAACCAAUAUGGAAACAGGCUUCUGGGAUAUGGGGCACAGGGGUACGGUUCCAUUGUAG